GUGAGUUUCGAUAAUAACUAAGACGGAGAAGAGCUCCACAUGUGAAUUGGCAGUCUUUAAAGCUGUUCAUUCAUUAUUUAUAUUGAAAAUAAAAUAAGUUUUUAAUGGGUCAAAAUAUACAUAAAGAUGUCGAUAUUUCCACAAGUAGCAUAGUUAUCAUCACACUCUCAUAACAUAACAUAAAUCCCCCAAAAUCCUACCUGCAAAUCGCCACAACUCAACAACCCACCUUGGCGGCCACAUCAAUUUUGUCGCCCCAUCGAUACAUUAAUACCCUUUUCUCACACUCUCGCAACCGCAAUCCUUCAGCAAUGGCGUCCACAGUUUUCUCCCAAUCUUUAUUCUCCGUUCAGAGCUCUUCGUCGUCUCCAAUUUCCACCAAGAGCAUUGCCGGGGUGUCGCUUCCCUUCAAGCAACCUUUUGUUGCCCCCAAAUCAGAUAUAAUCUCCGCGCCUUCAAGGAAGAUCCGCAUGAGUUCUGUCGUCAGCUCCACCUCCACCGCCGGUUCAUCCCACUCUGCUGAUACCCCAAUUGAACUGAAGUUCCCCGCAUUUCCGACGGUAAUGGAUAUCAAUCAGAUUCGUGACAUUCUGCCUCACCGGUUUCCAUUUUUGCUUGUGGAUAGAGUGAUUGAAUACACUCCUGGGGUGUCGGCUGUGGCCAUCAAGAACGUGACGAUAAAUGAUAAUUUCUUUCCUGGGCAUUUUCCUGAAAGGCCAAUUAUGCCUGGUGUGCUCAUGGUUGAGGCAAUGGCCCAGGUAGGUGGCCUGGUGAUGCUACAACCAGAAGUGGGAGGGUCACGCGACAACUUCUUCUUUGCUGGAGUGGACAAAGUAAGAUUCCGGAAGCCGGUGAUUGCAGGAGACACAUUAGUCAUGAGAAUGAACCUAGUGAAGCUACAGAAGCGUUUUGGGAUAGCAAAGAUGGAAGGGAAAGCGUAUGUAGGCGGUGAAGUGGUCUGUGAGGGUGAGUUCUUGAUGGCUAUGGGGAGUGAGUCGAGUGGCUAAUCUCCUCCAACACCAAACGCUGUGCAACUUUAUUAUUUCUCCGCGAUUUUAUUUUAUGGCCAACCUGGAACUGCUUCUCCAUUUUUAUGAGGUUGAGAUUGGAUUAAGUUUAAUUUGAUGUUGUAUAACCUAAUGUUGAUGUUAAUGGGAGGUUGAAUGUUAAGAAUUUUUUUUUGGUUGGCA